AUGUUCGGCCGCCGCAAGAGAAGCUAUUCUCAUCAUCAGCCGCUCUCCACUCCUGCGUCUCAAUCGGCGCAUUCUGCGGCCAAUUAUGCCUUCUUGAAAUCCCAACAGUCGUCGAGCAGCCUUUCAUCUGCUGCUGCUGCCGCCGCUCUUCGUAAUCUUACACCUACCCCGACACAAGUGGAAAAUGUUCAGACCAAGCGGAUGGCCCAGCGGGCAUCCUCUGUGCACUCAAAUAGCCCCAAUGCCUCUCGUCGUGCAGCUAGCGCUGGAGGUCCUCUCGCUGGCGGCUCUCUCCGCAGGGCAAGCAGCUCGGGCUCGAUGAGCUCAAGAACUUUCCGUGAAUCAUCACCGUCGCCUCACCGUCCCUUGACAAGCUCAGGUGCCGUCCAUGCGCAGACACCUGUCGAUGUUCCGCCGUUACCAGAUUUGCCUUCACAAUAUCAAACCAAAAGCUCCCUGGUCGUCGAACUUCCAGUCUUCAACCGACAAUGCGAUCGCCUCCAGUAUCCCCAGCAUCCCCACCGAGGCCUCUCGGACGAGGUACGAGUGUCGAUCGAGGCCGAGAGGGGAAAUCAGCGGCUUCAUCGACCGGGCAGUCGUAACUCUGUUAAUUUCUCAUACCCUAGGGGAUCACGGCCUAUCUCGCCAACCUUAGCGGAAAAUCGCCCAGCGAAAGUGGGCACUGCUGUCGUUCGCGGGGAUCACUCGAAAGCGACCAGAGGAAACCAGCUACUUUCUGAAAAACCAGCGAGCCCCAAAUCUAGGAAACGUGAGGGUAGAGAAGAGAGCCAUGUGGACAGUUCCGUGGGGCCUGCCGCUACCGCUGUUAACGUCCAGCGAACUAGUUCUCCGGCAGACUCAACCCGCGCUAGGACUGAACGCCUGGACCACAAAUUGUCUCCAAAUAGCUCACAUGGACACCACUCUGAUCCCUCAUCGCCGAUAACAAGCAGCAUAUCAGCAGAAAGAGAUUCUAUAACUCCGCGGCCAUCCACCGUAUUCAAAGAGAAUGAUCCAGAGAAAAACGGGGAUGUUGAUACAAGCUGUACCCAGACCCAUGAAGAUCGAUUGGCCAGUUCCUCCCCAACAGUUGAUCAUCUAGAGGUGUCAACUCCUCAAUCUUCUCCUUCCAAACGACAAGAAGAGGGGCACAUACGUCAAUCAAGUAGUCCAGGCAGGUCAGCCCGAUUUUCGAAGUGGCUCUCAGUCUCGGGAGACGGUGACCAGAUUCACCAGCCUCCACCUAGAUCUGUAUCACCCGCUAAAUCAGCUUUGAAACAUGCUCGUGGAACCUCUAUAUCACCAGAAAGAAAACUUGAAGUGGGAGGCCGCAGUGUUCAGCUAUCAAGUGAAUUGUCCGAUGGUACUUCGGUGGCUUCAGAUGAUGGUUCCAGAAUAAGCGCCAAAAAGCGGGCCGCAAAGGUGAGCUUCGACGAAGAGGCUGAGAUUGUUGGUGUUGCAGCCAGCCCUCCAACAUCUCCAGAAGAAUAUGUGCUGGAACACCCUGCGAACAAAUCCAAAUCUCGUAAGAGCUGGCUUGGGGCUAGCAAGAAAAGGUCGGCAGCAUUGAACUUUUCUACAGGCGACGACGAAUUUGACAAAGUCUUGAAACCCCGUCCAGUGUUGCCAUCCUUUGGCAGCGUUCGAGGCAAUCGAGACAGUGUUCUUCAGCCCUCCGCAAUGCCGCAAUUUAGUGACAAUGAGUCAACUACCAGUUCCUCAGACUAUGAUGCGGUUGCUCCAGGAACUUCUUUUUCGAAUGACCAUGCCAUUGGCGGGAUAUUUCCUAUUGCCCAAGAGAAGGAAACAUCUCAAAUCCAUAAUGUCAAAUCUGUGGAACCUACCUCCAUCAAUGGACAAUUGUCAUUUCCCCCGAAGACGCCCCCGUCAGAUAUAGCCUCGGGGCAACCACCCUUAUCCGAUAAUAAUUCAUACAUGCAUGUGCCGUCUAUUGCUGUGGAGCCCGCUACUCCUCCAGUUGAAACGGAUCAACCACGCGACCAACGGUCGAGUCUAGAAGUUUACAAAGUCCCAGGCGGGUUUCCACCUUUGAACUCAGGCGGCAAUGCAAACGCAGUUGUAGUUGAUGAUCCAAACUUGGACGAUGAUACGGGAGAUGAGUCCGAUGCUAGUGUUUACAGUGAUGCUGCUGAAGAUUUCGAAGGCGAUGGGUUUGGGUCAAUCAAUGCCAUCGUUGACAGCCGGUCUAUUCUAAACUCAUCAGCACCAUUGGGUCCUACAAGUGAGAGCCGUGAUACUACACCUAGACCGGUUGAUCGAACUGCAGCUGUUGACGAUGAACCAAAAGCUGUUACAGAUCAGGCUAUAGAGAAUGUUCGGUCAUUCACUCCUACACCAAGCACUGUCAACCGCCAGGGAGAACAAUCACCUGCCCCUUCCGACUCUGCAGGCCCCACCGAAAGUACUGUAUCUUCACACUCGACAGUACUUUCCAAGUCAAAAUCCCAAAUGUCACCGGUACAUAAUGAUCAUACGCAUCUGGAUUCUAGGAAAAAGGCAAGGCCGCUGUCUAUAAAUACCUCACCAAAUGCUGGCCAAGGCAAAAAACGAUCAACACCACUCGGACCUGCUUUCCAGAGGACAGGCAGUCCUUCAUUGAGUCGUACCAUGUCUAAUGGUAGUGAUUCUUCCAGCAGCUUCAAACGUGCCAGAGCUUCCCCUCGUGGGGCGCAUGGUAUGCUCCGAACAAUGAGAGGUAGUCCUACUAGUCCUACGCAGUCCCGUGUACACUCUAUAUCAGAUCUGUCAGAUCCACCUGACUUUCGACUGAUAUCAGCUGGAUCUUCAGCAGGCACCAUGCGUAAGACACUGCGAAGCCCAGGCUCUGGUGGUGAGCGGUACUCGUUUUUCUCCACCAACAAAAAAGCGCCUCGGGCGGGACCUACUUCGCUUCUGAGGCCAAUUCAAAAGUCUCGAUUUGCAGACUCGGACGGGGAAGAGGACGAGCCCCAGCCCCGGAUCUACUCUAGUCGCUUUGCAGAUUCUAGCGACGAAGAUGAACCUGCCAACACGCCUAUGCGUCCCGUCCGUGGAAUUCCACGUCGGAAAGGUACUCAUGACGGGGACUCCACCGAGCUAGAGGACAGUUCGGAAGAGGAGGAUGGCCACCAUCCAGGUAAGCCAGGGUCGGUGAACUUGACCAAACUCGUCCGCAAACCACCAGGCUCUCGGGACUCAAACAGUGCAUCGAACAUGUCCGGCAUGGCAGCCGUGGCUCGCCAGCGCGGCAUGACGCAACGGGAGCUUGAAGAAUUCAUCAUGCAACCUUCUGGAGGGCGUAAACCGGGUCUUCUCUCGCGGCUCGGUCUCAAAAAGCCGGCAAAUAAGGACCAUCGUGUGCACAAAGCGGACGUUGAGAGUCCUUCCCGACGAGAUAAACCACCGGAGCGAUCGCGGCUGGAACACGAACAACUCCACGGUGGGACCUUCGUUGACGAUGGGUAUCCCAAAACGACGACUACUGUUACUUCAGGACUAGAGUCUCCGAAGCGGCUGAAGAAACUUAGGAACUGGCCCACAGUUGGUGCUGAAUCUUGGCCACUGCGUCAAGAUGACAAGACAGACUUGCCCGAGCCCAUUGCUGAGCAGCCCCAGAGCCCUCCAUCACCAACCAUCCAGACUCGAAAGCCCGAACCACCGGUAGAUAAUUCUGGACGCGCGUCGGUUGAUCAGGGUGGUACGGUACGGGGGACUGCUAUCCAGCAAGGUCUAGACGACGUAACCUCCGUCACUAGCAACGACUGCAAUGGCCCAUCGGCACGCGACGUCGUAAUAGGAGGUUCUGGGCGAAAGAAACGUUUUCCGAACCUUCGUAAAGCCUUUGGCCUUCGAGCUUGA